ACUGCAGGAAAAGCCAUAAUAUGCUUACAAACACAGCAGUAAUGAAUUUCAUGACUUGUCUCAACUCCAGUCAUUGGAUAAUGCUCAUAUUUCGCACCAUGUCGGUGACAUAGAUUUCCAUUCCUAUUAGGUAUAAUUGUACCAAUAACUUGUAAAGAUGCUUUAAACUCUGGAUGAUAGAGUUGAAUAAAAGAAAACCAUUGGUCCAGCAUUAGUUCAAGACUGGAUGGAUCAGGUCCGAGAGCAGAAGUUGGCUGCAGUGAGUAAUACUUUUUGAAAUAGCUAGGAUCGGUUUAUCCAGUGGCAAUGAUGAUAGUAGAUACUCUGAUUAGUAGCUAUGAGUGUGAGCUUGUGGGGGAUUCUCUUGGCUUAUCCUGGGCUCUGAAAUAAUUAACUAGUAUUUCAACAUGGUUCAGUAUCUCAAUCAGUCAAUCAAUCAAUCAAUCAAUCAAUCAGGAGCUUCCCAGAAGGGCACCCCUGUCUACGGUUUCAAGUAGUACAUCGUUCGGGCCUGGCGGAAGUUCUCAAUAAGUGAUAACAUCACAAACAUAAUGUUCAAAGAGAAGUAAAGCAGUUAUACAAGAUAUGAUUUGACAAAGUGUUCUUAUUUUAACUACCCGCAUAUAUACGUGUGUCAGAUGUUAUAUCUUGGAUCUAGCAGUUCAAUAUUGAGAGUGUGACGUACACCUUAGAACCAGCUUCAGACCGGGGAAGCUCCCUGGAAGUAAUGUCAAUACCACUAGCAUUUUAGCUACACGAGCUGCACUGGAGUAACGUCCCUGCUACUUACCAUGAACCGGCGAGCCUUGUAGAAUGAAAAGAUGUCUUCCAAAACGAACACGGGAUACAAAAUAAGGAAGCUACGAUUGUGGACCCCAGAAAAUAGACGCUAAGCAAAAGGGCUGACCGGUCUUCCAUGACGUCUGAAAUCCAUGUGUAACGUUAACUACCAAGUUUGCUAACUAAUGUAGGUUUGCUACCUGUGGUCAAUAUUGUCAAACCAUUGUCAGCAUCAACCGUUUUGUUAAAGCUUGACCUGUGACCCCGUCACCCAGUGAGUCUUCGGCUCGACGAGCGUGUAGAGCCAUGUCUUCCCGUGUGCUGCUGCGGCAGCAGCUGAUGAGGGAACAGGCACAGGAGCAGGAGAGGCGAGAGGCCCAGCAGCAGGCCUCUGCGGCUCAGCUCCGGUCCUCUGACUCCUCCCCUGCUAUCUCGGUCACGGUGCCACCGUCCGCUGCUCGCCCCCCUCCUGCACAGGUGCCCGUGGAAGUGUUCAAGGUGCAGACUCACUUGGAAAAUCCAACAAAAUACCAUAUCCAGCAGGCUCAGCGACAGCAGGUCAAGCACUACCUCUCCACCACUCUUGGGACUAAAGUAGCAACUCAGACUCUCGGGGUGUCCCCUGUACUUCAGUCCAGCUCUGCCCCCGAGAUGGCCCCGUCUGCGAGCAGUUGCCCCAACAGCCCCAUGGCACUGCUGAAUCUGGGGUCCAACAAGGAGGAGAUUGAUGACGUCAUUGACGACAUCAUCAGCCUUGAGUCCAGUUUCAAUGAUGACAUUAUGUCAUUGAUUGACUGUGGCCUUCAGCUUCCUAAUACGCUACCAGGGAAUCUCCUGGAUAUCUACAGCAGUCCUGGCAUGGCAACUCCCACCAUCACAGUUAGCAACUCCUGCCCAGCUGACCUAGACAAUAUCAAAAGGGAACUGUCGGACACUGAAGUCAAGGCAUUCGUGAAAGAGAGGCAGAAGAAAGACAACCACAACCUCAUUGAAAGAAGGAGGAGGUUUAACAUCAAUGACCGCAUCAAGGAGCUGGGCGCACUUAUGCCCAAGUCCAGUGACCCGGAGAUGCGCUGGAACAAAGGCACCAUCCUGAAGUGCUCGGUGGAUUACAUCCGCAAGCUGCAGAAGGAGCAGCAGCGUGCCAAAGAGGUGGAGCUGAGGCAGAAGAAGCUGGAGCACGCCAACCAGGCCCUUGUCCUGCGCAUACAGGAGCUGGAGAUGCAAGCUCGCGUCCAUGGCGUCCCUUCCUCUUCAAACGCCUCUCUCCUGGCCCAGCAGCCUCAACAGGCCCAGCAGCAGCAGCAGCAGCAGCAGCAGCAGGGAGUACAGCUUGGCGGAGACCCCCAGGCCUCCCGCUCGGAUCUCCACUCCCAGACGCUCCUCAGCCUGGAUGUGGGCUCCAUGGCGCAGGCCUCCUCGUCCUUCCUCUCCCCGCCCCCCUCUGGCUCCCCAGUGGGGGUCACCAUCAGCAGCUCCCUGGACCUUGGCACGCUGAGCUUCGCUGAGCUGGACGACCCUACCGGCACCUCCCUUUACCCAGAUGUGGGGCUGGCUGAUAUCCUGAUGGAUGAGGAUUGCGGCUUGGGCCCUGCCCAGUCGAGCACCGACCCCCUUUUUUCCAUAUCACCUGGGGCGUCGGAGAACAGCAGCAGGAGAAACAGCUUCAGCAUGGAGGAGGACUUGUGACAGAAACUUGGUGUAGUAGCUGAGACAGACUCUCUCUCUCUCUCUGUGUGUGUGCGUGUGUGUGUACUGUGGUAUGUAUGCUUAUUAUGUCCAUGUCUAACGGAGGUUGCAUGUUUUUAAAUUUUCUUGUGGUGAGAUCGCCUUUUCAGUACCUCUCCACAGUUUAAAUCUUCCUAAUGGUAUAGUCCUACUUCACUCCGGAUCAGGUUCAGUACAAUAAGACAAAUCAUACCUCACAGGCCACAAGGAACAGAUAGUCAGUGGUUCCUGGUGUGUUAAACAAAAUCAGUAAUCAUUGAAAAAACUGCUAAUUAAAUAAGAAAAACAGUUAGUACAGAUAUGGCUUGUCGGUGUGGAAGAUGUAAUACUAUGAUUAGUGUUUUCCUUUAUGUGCAUUUGCGCGUUCAAAGCGUAGAAGGGAAGUGAACCAUCAAACAGUGGUUAUAUAUUUUCAUAUGAAAACUUUAAAAUUAAGGAUGGGUGAUUAAGUAAAAUUUUGCAGGGUGGGGUUGUGGGCUGGGCGGAUGUUGGCAUCAGGGUGCAAUACAAGUAAUUUAUGUACUCAACAUGAAAUUUGUGUUCUUAAACCAAAGGGAUAUUUUAGAUAAUAUAUUAAUAGGGAAAUUAUAUAUAAAUUGUUUUUGGUUUUUUUAAUAUGUACUUUUUCUGCUACGUGUAUUGAACCUUCUCUUCUUGCGUCUGUGUUCUUUUGAAAUACCUCUCAGCUGUCAGUAGCACUUUAAGCUGGUCUGCACCUCUUUAGUUUUUUUUCCUCCAGCCUCCUAACCGUUUCUUAACUAGACAACAUUUCUCAGAUCUAUAUUUUUAGCACCAUUCUUGACUAUCAAAGGAGUGCAAUUUGCAUUUUGCCUGAGUGUUUUGUGUGCAGUGUAAUAUUUAGUGUUUUCUGUGCCACUCUUGCUCGCUCACGGUAGAAAGUUGCUAGGGUCAUAGGUGUGUACUUUUUGGCUUUACACUAAUAAUGCCAUGGUUAUAUUAAUUAUGAGUGCUGCUUCUCUACUUUGUAUUUUAGAAGAGCCAAUUGUUUCCUCCUUACUGUAACUAACUGUAUUUUGUAUUUGGGAAGCUUAAAUCACCGCUCAGUUACUAGCAUUUAUAAACUAAACGUGUUGAGUAAUCCAAAAUUGUCAUUGCGUCCCUAUACAAUGCAAGAGAUUUAAAAAAAAAAAAUUGUCAGGUUUUAUAAUGUAAUAUAAUAUAAUGGACUUCAAGCCAAAAUAAAUCAUGACUGCAUCAUUUUGUGUUCUCAUUUGAGUAGAGUGCCUUUAGUGCGAGGACCAGAAAUGCCCAUUUGUUGCACAAAGGAUGCAACAAAACCUGUGGUUAAUGACAGAAUUGUAGCAAGGUUUCAAAGUGUAUGUGUCUAAAAACAAGGAUUUUUUUUUCUUUUUUUUUUUUUUAUCCGGACACAUUGAAAUAAUGGAUUUUCUCAAGUAGUGUUGUGUGUCCAUCAUCAUGAAAUCUUUACCCUCCCUGCAAUGUUAGUAAGAGCUGACUCUUUGGUCAUAGCUGUUUCAUGGAGUGUUUGCUGUUCUGGAUUCAUUUUGUUGUUUUCCACAUUUAAAAGAAGUCAUUGUGGUCAUUGUCCUCUGUACUGUAGCUGAAACAAUCCAGCUCUUGUACGUAAAGCUCUCAAAUUAGCAGGUCCAUACUGGGAGUGUCUAAUACUCACAAAAUGAACAAAGUUUCCUUGACGACUGUCUCCAUCUGCUGUUUUAGACUGCUUUACACUUCUAAAGGUGUGUUUAGCAUAACAUUGACUCCUAUUCUGUUUACUAAUAUGCAAUUAAAUGUGAAAUAUAUCUUUCGAGAAUUUCACUAGAAUUCUGGGAAUCGCAGUGCUCUAGUGACUUGUUUAGAUUUUGAUUUGCCUCUGUUUGAAUGUAUUAUCUGAUAGUACUGAGAACUCCUCAAAAGAAGUGAGUGUGUUCAUGAAUAUGCAUUUUAAAAUGACUUUAUGCAAACAAUGUAAACGCUCAAUUGUAUUAAAAGAAACAUUUGAGGAGGGAAUGUUUUAGAUUGAAAGAGUCCCAUGGUGCAUUUUAUAGAAGAAAAAAACAUUUUGUAAUGACCUUGUGUCCAUAACCUUCAAAUUAACAAAACAAAAUAAAUGUCAAGGGAAACUUUUAA